AUGGACCAAGAAAAGUUUGAGAUACAUGAUGCCGGCAUUCCGGAUAGACCUUUCUAUGACGUCAGCCUCGAGGAUGGAAGAGACUGCCUUCAGGGUUGGCGAUUAUAUUUCACUUUAACCGGGUAUGGCUUGCUUAAUUUCCUUCCUUUGCAGAUGCUGACCGACCAUAGUCUAUUGAUUGGACUAUACUUGGUCAAUCUCGAAGUGACAAUUGUUAGUACGGCACUCAUUAGUAUCACAGACGAUCUAGACGGGUUUGAGAAAACAAGCUGGGUUGUAACCGGGUUCCUGACAACUUAUACUGAUCCCCGCCUAGCAUUUAUGUCCCAAUGGACAAAGGUGAGCAACAUAAUAGGUCGCAAGAGGACUAUACUUGCUGCAAAUAUCAUGUUUUUGGCUUUCUCACUUGGAUGCGGCCUGGCUCAAAAUAUGAACGAGUUGAUCAUAUGUAGAACUUUUCAGGGUGUUGGAGGAGCAGGAGUUUACUCGCUGGUAAUUCUGUGCGUGUAUGAAGUUGCCCCAAAAACAAAAAUGCCAUUGUACGGUGCUAUGGUUGCCGUUACGAUUGCACUUGCAUCUCUCACUGGGCCCGUAUUUGGUGGACUCCUGGCCCAGAACUCCGCGUGGAGAUGGACCUUUUAUAUCAAUCUUCCACCUGGAGCUUUGGCGGUGCUGAUGUUGCUGAUUGCUUUGCCACCUUCCUUUGGAACCGUCACACCCCAACCAUUAUCUUCCUUGCUCCCGAGUCUUACUUUAUUCAAAAAGCUUGAUGCACUCGGCGGUUUCUUGCUUUUAAGUGCAUCUCUUUUAUUGGUGACCGUACUGAACGAGACGAACAUAGAAUUUGAUUGGUCUUCAGGGACCGCCAUUGGACUCCUCGCUCUUUCGAGUACACUAUGGGUUGCAUUUUUUGCAUGGGAGUGGUAUAUAUCAGAAUAUAUGCAAGACGUCGAACCAAUGUUCCCAAAGCGAUUUGUCUACAACAAAGCAUGGAUGGGAAUGUUAUUGACCAACUUUUUAUGUGGCUGUCCUUGGAAUGUGGUAAUUGUCUAUCUAGCUCAACGAUUUCAGGUUCUCACCAAACUUUCGCCACUUGAUGCUGGCAUUCACAUCACACCAUACUCCGCUGUCGCAACUGUUGCAACUAUGCUUGCUUGUCUGGCAAGCCGCAAGUUCCGCAUCCCUGUGGUCUACUUUGCACUUCUUGGAUCAAUCCUCCAUAUUGUUGGAAUGGCACUUUUGUCAAUUGUUCCUGAAAAUGAAUCCUACCCAAGUGAGGGGUAUGGAUAUGAGGCCAUUGCUGGUGCGGGUGCAGGGAUCACGAUUGGCAUUUUGACUUUGGCCGUGCCAUACAUCGUUGAGACAAGGGAUCUAGCCACGGCCACCGGUUCCCUCAAUCAGGCUAGAUUUUUGGGCGGAGCUGUUGGACUGGCUAUCGCGUCGAACAUCCUCUACGGGAGACUCAAAGGCCAGUUGUCGGACGAAUUAUCCCCCGAACAGGUCAAUCAAGUGCUCCAAAGAGCCGGUGAUAUGGGAAGUUUACCACAGAAUGUGCAACAAGCAGCAAUAGGUGUCUUUGCUGGAAGCUAUAAAGCUCAAUUCCAGGCUAUGAUUGCCUUUGCUGCAGCGCAGAUUCCUGCAUCAUUGUUGAUCUUCAAGCGCGGGCGCCAAUAUGUUGCUUCUUGA